AGCCUUGGUAUAUUGGGGUCGAUCCCGGCAGCAUGGCUGAUACUCACACUAUUCGUCCUACUCAUCUACUUGCUCACACGAUGCUGCGAUCGUAAAACAAGGACUUCACGCUCAAUUUCCGCAUUAAAAGUGACGCUCGCGAUCACGUCGGUGUUAUGUUGCGCCGCGCUCGGUUUGGGUUUGUACGGCAACGACGACCUGCACAACGGCUUCUCUCAGCUGCUCACCGAAGGGCAUCAGGUCGAGCAGUUGGUGUCUCAAAUUCGAAAUCAGACGACCCAGAUCGAGAAGACGCUGACGAAAAACGAAGAAUCUCAACUGACGACCAUUCGCGACGCGUUCGAUAAUUACGCGACCAAUCAAACCGCAGUUGCUCAACUGUUGAAGUGGAUCGAUAAUGCGAUCAGCAACAAUUCGGAUGCCAUGCACGCCGCGUCCGAUAUUAGGCUACCGUUAGAACGGAUACACUUAACGGCUAAGAUUAGAUUAGCCGAAAAAAUCGAGACCUGGAGAUGGCCGAUUACUAUGACUGUUCUUAGUUUAUUAUUAGUGUUGUGUGUUGUUUUACUAGUAGGCGUGGCGCGCCACAGUCGUUGCGCACUUAUUGCGUUCUCAGUUUGUGGUCUACUGGCGGUAAUCGCCUCGUAUCUUAUGGCAAGUGUAUAUCUAGCGUCGAGCGUAGCUUUGGGGGAUUUGUGCGUGGCCUCCGAUAAAUUUUUAGAGGAGGAAGCUUCCCCCGAAUUACCGAGGGAGAUAGUUAGGUACUACACGAGCUGUGAACGCGCUCGCGCGAACCCUUUCACUCAACGAUUGCGCGAAGCCAAAGCCUCAAUUGUGGCACUGAGGGAGGUGGUUAGAAAAAUGCAGAAACCUGCAAAUGAGUUGUUUCCAGGCAAAGGUCUCGAGCCGAUCUUUAUAUCUUUAAGUAACCAAAUAAAUGAUGCCGAUAAACUGUUUGAUACUCUCAUGACACUCGUCGAUUGUCACGCACUUCAUGCGCAUUACUUACGGGGCGCACGCGCCUUGUGUAACGUAGGCUUAUUGGGAUUAUCCCUCAUGUUGGCUUCCUCGGUGCUAGCUGGGAUUCUACUCACGAUCCUGGUAUGGGUUGACUCACACACGUGGAUUUACAUCAGAAAAAGGAAAGAUUACCAUCAGGUCAACGAGACCGACACGUCAUACCUACCGGCGCCGGCAGCGAGUCAAGCAAUCGCGGCGAGGACCUUACAACGUAGCCAAGGGUCGUACCCUCCUGAUACUCCUCCGCCUAGCUACACAUCUGCCAUGCUGCAUAUCAGCCCGCAUGCCUCAGCUCCCCCGCAUGAAGCUCAGUUGCUCAUUGAUGGGUGUGACAAACGAUCAACAGAGGCCAGAGGAGCCCAUCUCUCUCAUCUCAGGGGCCACACUCUCGGACGCCUGCCAUCCCACCAUCACGAAUCGUUCUCAGGUCCUAACAAUGAGAAAGAUUCUUGUUCGAGGCCUUCUUCUGUUCUUAUGAUGGCUUCUCAUCACCUCAGCCUAGCCAAGAUUGUUUUGUUAAAAAAAUUACAAGUCUGCCUGCAAGGACUUCCCAAACUUCAAAGGUUUUAAGUUUGAUCAGCAUCAGAAAGCAUCGCGCCAAAUGGAGGCGCAACGAACCGCGAACAUACAAAAGUUCAGCUCGCUCGGUAGGCGCCCGCUGCCGCAAACGCCCGACGAGAAGGCGCGCAAGCAGCCGCCGGUCCCGAAGGUGCCGACGACGAUCGCGCAGAACAUCGAGACGCCUCUGAACGUCGCCAAUUUUCGUUCGUUGCAGCGCGGCGCCUGGCAGGACAGCUGCCUGCAGGCGAACUCGCAAUUUCGGUCGCUUCAGCGCGGUGCUUCCGCAAAUCCAUGUUCACAUUCGCAAUUUCGAUCUGCGAAAGUACAAGACCAGACGCAUAACGAAAAUUUGUAUGCGAAUAGUGAAAGUGAACGACAACUUUAUGCUGUUACCGAACUGUAAAUAUUUAGUUUUCUUUUGGGAAAUGCAGGCAGAGUGGCUUUUUACAUUUCCAAUUUUUUUAUAAA